CCUCGUUGGCGACGUAGCCAUCCCUUCAUCUCUGAGUCACUGAAAUUACCGGGAAAUUAACGGCUCUCUUAAACCCUAAAUCCCUAAUUCAAAACAAUUUGUCAAUUUCUCUCCCCCUCCCCCAAAAGAAAAAAAAAAAAGAAAAAGAAAGAAAGAAAACUUUAAGACUCUGGUUUUCAAUGCUGAAUAAAUGGAAACCCUUCAGUUUCCUAGCAAAACCUCAUGUUUGCUCCCUUCUUUCUUCCCUAACAUUCUUCAAACCUUCAGUCUCCGUUGCCAGGCUGGUAGAAGAAGAGCCCUCUCUUUCCCACUCUCCUAAAGACCCUGUUUCCGAGAUCCUUUCUGGGUUGAAAAAAAUGGGCUUUAGGAGGUUUUUAGCUGGGGAUUACUUUAGGAACGUUGUUUUGAGUUUGGAUCAGUUACAGGUUGAUAAAAUUAUAAAUUCUCUGAGAGUUGAAAGCCCUGAUUUUGCAGUAGUUUUCUUUGAUUUAAUGAGGAAUGAGUAUUGGUUUCGGCAUUCGAGGUUUUCUCGGUUCGUUGUGGCCCAUGUUUUGGCGGGACAGAGGCGGCACAAAGAGUUGCGGUUUGUUGUCGAACAAAUGUUAAAAGAGGAAGGCUCUGGCUCUGCUCCUUCACUUUGUGAGCUCCUUUUGAAUGGCUUUAGAGACUGGGACCAGAAAAGUUUAGUAUGGGAUAUGUUGGCUUUUGUUUAUUCAAGAUUUGAGAUGGUUCACGAUGCUCUCUAUGUUCUUGCGAAGAUGAAGGACCUCAAAUUGCGUGCUUCAAUUCUGACCUAUAAUAGUCUUUUAUACAAUUUGAGGCAUGCUUAUAUCAUGUGGGACGUUUAUAAUGAAAUCAAAGUUGCUGGAGCUACUCAGAGCAAGCAAACUAAUUCUAUAGUCAUAGAUGGCCUUUGUAGCCAAUCCAAGCUACAAGAUGCAGUUUCAUUCCUGCGAGAGACUGAAGCAAAGGGGCUCGGUCCUUCUGUUGUUUCAUUAAAUACAAUUAUGUCAAGAUAUUGCAAAUUAGGCUUCACUGAUGUUGCAAAAUCAUUUUUUUGCAUGAUGCUCAAGUAUGGACUACUUCCUGAUGUGUAUAGUUACAAUAUUCUUAUUCAUGGACUUUGUAUAGCUGGUUCCAUGGAGGAAGCAUUAGAGUUCACAAGUGACAUGGAGAAGCAUGGUGUAGAGCCUGAUAUAGUGACAUAUAACAUUCUCAUGAAAGGAUUCGAUCUACUUGGUCAGAUGGGUGGGGCUUGGAUGGUCAUUCAAAGAAUGCUAGAUAAAGGGUUGAAUCCAGAUGUUGUAACAUAUAUGAUGCUCAUAUGUGGCCACUGUCAGAAUGGGAAUGUCGAGGAAGGAUUAAAGUUGCAGGAAGAGAUGCUUUCACGUGGAUUUCAGUUGAGUGCCCUCUCAUACAGCGUAUUGCUCAGCAGUUUGUGUAAGAUCGGACAGGUUCAUGAGGCGCUGGUGUUGUUUUAUGAAAUGGAAAAUCAUGGUGUGGAACCAGAUCAUAUAACAUAUUCCAUCCUUAUUCAUGGGCUCUGCAAGCAAGGAGAAGUGCAAAGCGCUCUUCUACUGUACAAAGAAAUGUGCUCAAAGAGCAUUCCCCCAAAUUCACAUUCAGCUGGGGCCAUUCUAUUGAGUUUAUGUAAGAAUGGGAUGGUAUUGGAGGCAAGAAUGUAUUUUGAUUCUCUGGUAAUGAAUGACUCUGCCCAUGAUAUUGUUCUCUAUAAUAUUAUGAUUGAUGGGUAUGUGAAGCAUGGCAAUCUUGAGGAGGCUGUAGAGUUAUAUAGGCUAAUAACUGAAAAAGGGAUUACUCCUACUACAGUGACUUUUAAUUCUCUCAUUUAUGGGUUCUGCAAAAGAAGAAACUUUACUGAGGCAAGAAGAUUGAUGGAGACUAUAAGGUUGCUUGGCUUGGAACCAACUGCUGUGACAUACACCACUCUUAUGAAUGCAUAUUGCAAAGAUGGAAAUCUGCGCUGCAUGAUGGAGUUGCUUCAAGAAAUGCAUGCAAACUGUAUCAGGCCAACUCAUGUUACUUACACUGUAAUUAUCAAAGGGCUAUGCAAACAGCAGAAGUUACACGAAGCUGUCCAAUUGCUUGAGGAUAUGCGUAUUAAGGGUCUAAACCCAGAUCAAGUAACAUACAAUACCAUCAUACAAUACUUCUGCAAAGCUCGAAACAUUAAAACUGCUUUUAAGUUACUCAAUGAAAUGUGGCUAAAUAAUCUUGAGCCUACACCAGUUACAUAUAGCAUUCUUAUAAAUGGUCUCUGUGUCUAUGGUAACCUUAAGGAUGCUAAUAAGUUGCUGAUUUCUCUUCAUGAACAAAAUAUCAAAUUGACCAGAGUUGGUUACACUCAAAUAAUCAAAGCACAUUGUGUGAAGGGUGAUGUGCACUGUGCAUUCACGUUUUUCCACCUAAUGAUGGAGAUGGGCUUUGAAAUUUCAAUAAAAGAUUAUACUGCACUUAUCAAUAGAUUGGGCAAAAGGUGUUUGAUAACUGAGGCUCAACAGUUUUUCUCUAUCAUGUUAUUUCAUGGCAUUUCUCCAGAUCAAGAAAUUUGUGAAGCUUUGCUCAAUGCUUACCAGCAAUGUGGUGAUAUCAUAUCUGGUUAUCAAAUGCUUGCAUUGACAAUCAAAGCUGGCUUACUUCCUCGGAGAUAAUGAGAAAUAAUGAUUUUCAUUGAGAAGGAACUGCCUAAUUGGUGAACUGAGGUUUGUCACUUCAAGAUGUUUGAAGAUGUCUGCUUACUUAUAGGAUCAAAUGAGGAAUGAAAAGAAAUUGGCAUGAUAUCAAGCUUACAUCAGCAAAAUUCAUUUGCCCAAGUGUAAUCAGCUUUUGGAGCUGCCAACUGCGUGAUAGGCAAUAUGCAUACAUGUAACUUGAAUAAAGCUCCAUUUCUUCUGACUUAUUGCUUUAGGAAGAGGGUUGAUUGAGGUCAAGAAAAGCCAGCAUGUUGCCUUGGGACAGGGUAUGGGAAGACCAGGAUUUGGGGGGUUGGGUUUGGGCUGGCAACAGUGGAAAUGGUAGUUGGUUGAUAUGCUCAGUGAAGAGACAUAUUAGGAAAAGAUGGUUUGGGUGGAAGAAGAUGAAUAUGUCAACUGUCUUGACAAUUGAGCAUUGACAAAUAGGCGGCGGAGAUUGGAGGCUGGAUGCCAGAGACUAAAGAGUAAAGAAACACACAGCUCUAUCAAAGUGGAGGCAUGUCAAUGUGUUAUGACUUGGUGAGUAUGAAAGAAUGAGAAGUAUAAUGGCCUGUUUCUUCUUUUAGCCACUAAGUUAGUUAUUACUACUUGCUAUCAUAUCCAGAUUGGAGGGGAAUGGCAGAUACAUAUAGUAAUUCCGUAAAGUAAAUGCUUUGAUUUCAACCAAAAAUAUCACUAGAUUUUUGCUGCUGCCUGUAAUUGAUUCUUUUGUGUCGAGUGGACCAUUUGGUUUCAUGCAGAUGGAGGACAUCAAUCUGGAAUCUUUAAUUGCAAUUUGUAAA